AUGUCCUUGAAACCUGACGACCCCAGUGCUGGGUUCCAGCACAACAGUGUGGUGGCCUUCAUCAAUGAGAAGAUGGCCGGGCACAGGAGAGGCCCUGAGUUCUACCUCGAGAAUAUAUCCCUGUCCUGGGAGGAGGUGGAGAACAAGCUCAGGGACAUCCUGGAGGACAGCGCGGUGCCCAGCGAGGCCAAAGAUGCCUGUGCCUGGAGCAGCCUGGCCCUGGGCGUGCGCUUUGCCCGCAGGCAGAGCCAGUUACACGGGCGCAGGGUGCACUGGCUGCAUGAUUUUGCCAAACUGCAUAAGUCUGCUGCAGAGGCCUUGGCCACAGACCUAAAGGAGUUCACAGAGCAGCAGGAGAUGGAGCGCAAGGAGUCAGCCUUCCGGCUGCGGCAGACACAAGCAAACCUGGCGGAGAUACAGAAGGAACAGAAGCUCCUGAGGUGGAAGCUCUUACACCAACAGCUGGGGCGUCCCAGGGAGCAGGGCCGAGCCUCAGAGGAGCCAGGCCUGGCCACUGCCAGUGGGGCUGGGAGAGAAGGGGCCUGUGAGGAGGAGGAGGAAUCCCAAGCUGCUGCUACCUCUGUUACUGCUGCUGGUGCCACAGGAAGAGAAAGAAGACCGAAGGAUGCACUGGGGGCAGAAGCCGCAAAGGAGCUGGGUGGAGGCCUCGUGCACGUGGUUGGAGCCAGAGCAGAAAAAUUACACCACUGGUGGGCAGAGGGAGGGAGAGCUCAGGUCAGUGGAAACAGCCAUGUUUUAUUUCUCUAGGACCAGAGUCACGCCACCACCCCUCCCUGUCCAGCUCCCUACCUCAUUCACCUACUCCUAUUCAUGCCCCUCAUCCCCCUUCCCACCUGCACCUGCACCUGCACCACCCCCACCAGCAGCAACAUUCACAGCAGGAGCUCCAUCUCAGACAGCUCCCAAGAGGAGGCCCUCUGA